AUGAAAAUGAGUUGCUAUGGGUGCCGCAUUCUCCGCAAGGGUUGCCCUGAGAACUGUGUCAUAAGGCCAUGCCUUGAGUGGAUCAACUCUCCUGAAGGCCAAUCCAACGCCACUCUCUUCCUUGCCAAAUUCUAUGGCCGUGCUGGCUUGCUCAACCUCAUCAAUGCUGCCCCAGAACCCCAUCGCCGUGAGGUGUUCAAGUCACUAAUGUUCGAGGCAUGCGGGAGAAUUGUGAACCCGACGUAUGGGUCGAUGGGCCUGUUUUGGACCGGAGAGUGGGCCCAGUGCGAAGCUGCAGUUAAUGCUGUGAUCAAUGGCAUGGAAGCUUCCAAUUCGCAGAUCACAGGGACACGUCGCAGCAAUCAUGUUCCCCAAAUCCUUGGUAUACGCCACGUGGCGAGAGAUGGUGGCAUGGAUAGGGUGAAAGGAAAAGGCAAGGCCAAGAGGAGCGCCAAGGAGAUGAAGCCGAAGCAGCGAGUUGCUGCGCCGAGCCGCGAGCCAGGAGGAUCGGAGGGUAAGACUAAGAGUGAGCAAACUGUGGAGGCUUUGUUGGUGAGCCAGGACAAGCCGAGCCGAACUCGUGGAGCCGAGCUGAAUUUGGAGCUCACUCUUGGCUAGGCUUUUCUAGUGCUACAGAAGUGCUGCUACCAAACCAAUACAUAGGAUUACAUAAGAUGGUGGAGUUUAGCAAUGUUGUCUGUCAAAAUAAAAAUAUAUUAUGUUUUUCUUUUUCUCUUUUUAGUUGAACUUUAGAAACAAACAGGAGCAUUGGGCGUAGCCUAAUGCAAAUGUUGGUAGGGCUUAUAAUUAAGGGUAUAUUGGUGAAUG